UCUUGAUGUUGUGGAAGGGGAAGGCUGUUUGUCUCUGGCACACCUCCCUAAAGACGUACCGCAGCCCUACCUAAGAUUACAUAUUUAUUUAUUUAUUUAUUUAUUUUGUCUUAUUUUCUAAAUGUUUGGAAGCACUGACACAUGAGUCACUGAUCAAGGAAGUAUUUAGUCUCAGAUUUUGUUUAGAUCUGUAGGAGUUGUGCUGGAGAGGCGCGCCCUGAACAACACAUGGAGUGAAGAACUUUUGAGCGCUGUAUUAAAGACAGAAGAUAACCAGAUGGAGAGCAAGGGAAGUCUCUACACUCGUUCAUCUCCUCCUAUACCACCAGACAUACAUAUAUCUCCUGCAGAUGGGUGUGUGGACUCUGAGAAGACCCAACAGAAUAGUCUGGUCCAGUCAGAUGGGGCUCAAAAAAAGGAAAACAUCCAGAUCCACCCUGCUCAGCCAGAUGGUACCCCCCCUUCCUCCAGCACUAAACUGUGUGGCUACCUCAGCAAGCAGGGAGGACCUCUCAAAGCCUGGAAGUCCCGAUGGUUUACUUAUGAGGAGAAGAGCUGUCAGCUGUUUUACUAUCGCAUAGCACAGGAUAUCAAUCCACUGGGUAAGGUGGAUCUAUCUCGGGCCACGUUCAGCUACCCACUGCAGGGAGAGGAGGGGACCUUCCAUAUACAGACACCAGAGCGCACUGUCAUUCUCAAGGCUGCUAACCGUGAUGCCCAGAUGUACUGGCUGCAGCAGCUGCAGUUGAAACGGGCGUUAUACAGGGAGCAGCAUGCUAGACAUAAAUCCCUGCCAAAAGCAGACAACCAAACUCUAGACAGCACACCAUCAGCAAACAACAGCACUGCUGAUUUCUUGCCCAUGGUUAAAACUCCUUCUGGCCUGGUGGGCGAGGAAGCUGCCAGUCUACCUGCACCAGGAGUAAACAACCCUCUCAAUGUGUCAAUCAAACACCCUCUGAUUGAGCUGCAGAAUACAAUGCAUAGUCUGCUUUGCCGACAGUCCCAGGAAAUACGAGAAAGUGUUUUCCAUGUGGAUGCUAAUCACGUCCCAAGUGACACCCAAAAAACACCCUCAUCUAAAGCAUCAACUUUUCCAGUCCCCACACCUGGCUCCUCUCAAACCCCAGAAUCUUCUAAAGCCAGGUGUCAAAGCCUGCACGAAAACCUGCUAGGUCAGCGUUUCUCCACUGUGCCACCAAACAGGAAGAAUAGCAAAGAAAAAUCCAAACCUCCGGAACUUAAGGGUGCUUAUGCUUUUGAACACAUGUCUCACCUUCAUCAGGAGAAUCUUUCACUGGCUGAGGAGGUCAAAGCACAGAAGGAGUUGGUGGUGUUGUUACAUAAGGUGGUGGAAGCUGCCCAGCUGGAAAAGUGCACCUUUGCUCAGUUUCUAGCAGCUGAGGGCGAGCAGGAACGGCUGGAGCUCCUCAGACACGGCGAACGAAGAGUGGCCAAACUGCAAGACCAAGUAGAGUCCCUGCAGCUGGAGAACGAGACUCUACAGAGGGACCUGAGUCAGCGGGACGCACAUGUUGCUGAGCUCCAGGAGAGCGUGCAGCUCCUGAUGCAGAAGAACCAGGCCAAACAGGAAGUCAUACUCAAGCUAUCUGAGAAGCUGGAAGCCUGCGAUGCCAACCAGCAAAGCACCAAUGGUGUGAAGUCAGAGACCUUUAAACAGCUAACUUUGGAGAGUGAGAAUUUGAAAGAUGAUUUGAAGGCAUAUACAAUUCAGAACAAGUUCCUGAACUCAGAGAUCUACCAGCUGACAACACUUUGGAGGAAAAGCUCAGAGCAAGAGAAAAGUCUGAUAGUAAAGUGUGCUGUCCUGGAGGCCAAUAACUGUCAGAUGGAGAGCAGGUAUCUGGGAAUCCUUCAGAAGAUUCAGCAGAGUGAGGAACUGAAUUCAGAGCUGAGAGACGAAGUUAAGAAGGUGAUUAAGGAUUCGGUUCAGGCAGAUCUGAACACUGCCACCAAGCUAAACCCCAUCAGUGAUUAUGAUGAGUAUGGCUUUAAAAUUGCCAUAGACUACAAAGCUGAGGACCUGAAACUUCUUGCUAAGAUCCAGGCCCUGGAGAUCCGAUCCCAAAACCUGCUGAACCAAGAGGAAUGCGACGGGAUAUUGUUGGCUCGCUGCUCUCAGCUCCUGUUUGGACGUCCUGAAGAGGAGCUUUCCUCAUCACCAGAACUGAAGAGUCUCCUCCGGACAGGAUUACCACACGAGUACCGUGCCAAGGUGUGGCAUUUUAUGAUACACACUAGAACCAGACAGUUUAGAGAGCGUUAUCCUGACCACUAUCAAGAACUGUGUGAGAAGAGUAGAACCUCUCCUCACCUGGUGCCCAGACAGAUUCAGCUGGACCUGGAUCGCACGCUGACCAACAAUCAACACUUCUCUCCUUCAAGCUCUUUGAUUCCACAGCUGGAAAGAGUGCUGCAGGCCUUCUCAUGGCAAAAUCCCACUGUCGGAUACGUCCAGGGACUCAACAGACUGGCAGCCAUUGCUCUGCUGGUGCUGCAGAAAGAAGAAGACGCCUUCUGGUGCCUGGUAGUGAUUGUGGAGUACAUCAUGCCUCAAGAUUACUACACUAAAGACCUGCUGGGCUGUCAGGCAGAUCAGCGUGUGUUAAAGGACCUCAUGUGGGAAAAGCUGCCUCGACUCAUGGCCCAUCUGGAAGCACAGAGAGUAGAUGUGUCACUCAUUACCGUUGAAUGGUUCCUGGUUUUGUUUGUGGAGAGUUUGCCCAGCCACAUACUGUUUAAAGUAUGGGAUGCCUUCCUGUAUGAGGGCACCAAGGUGAUAUUCCGGUAUGCAUUAGCUCUGUUCAAAUACAGAGAGGAGCACAUCUUAAAGAUCCAUGAUAGUGUUGAGAUGUACCAGUACCUCCGUCUCUUUCCCAAUACCAUUGCAGAUGGAAGGAAGCUUACGUGCAUUGCUUUUAAUGACAUGAACCCACUUCCCAUGAAGCUGCUGCGGAACCGGCGUGCUGUGCAUCUGGAACGCCUCCAUGCAGAGAUGAAAGAGCUGGAGAAUUUGCAGAAAGCAUACGAAGCUGAACAUGUCCAGUGCAAAGACAAAGAGCUGGAUACACUGGCCAGUGAAGAUGACGAGGAUGUAUAAAAUGUCAAAAAUAAGAUCUUUUUACAAAAAAGCCUUGAAUGCUGAAUGAGAAACACUACUUAAAGGGACAGUUCACACAAAAAUGUCAACAUUUACUCAACCUCACUGAGUCAUUUACUCAAGACUUUUAUCAGUAGGGGGCUGAAGAAAGCUGCACUGUUCUCAGUAUUGGACAUUUUGAGGGCCUAUGAUUUGCACUGAACCCUCAGUAUGUUAUUGUAUUUAACCCCACAGCAAAUAAUUUAAAGAUUUUGUACUACAAUGCUACUGUAUAUAAGACAAGCAUGCAAGCUUGUAGUAAUUACAAACUGAUGGCAUUAUUCUGGUCAUAUCUGGGAGACUAGCAUGCUUAUUAUAAAUGUUUUUUUCCCCCCACAUCAAUUUGUUAAAAAUAAAUAAAACCUUUUUCAUGUUUGAUCCAAA